AUUGUCAAUGGUUAUUUCUGAAUUCUGUCAAGCGUGGCUUUGCACAAUUUUGUAAUUUGCUGUUUUAUGCCGAAAAUAAUUAAAAACUAUAAUAAUUAAACAUGAAACUUCCCGAUAAAAAGAAGCCCAAAAAGCAGAAAACAAAAAUGAAGACUAUAACCAAACCUAAAAAAGAGAAGGUGUUUCUUGUGGCUCAAGAAUUUAAGUUUGCACGUCUUCUUUCUGGAAAUGAGAAGAGAACUCGCGAUCGUGUUCUUAAAACGCUGAAAAAAUGGCUGUCGAACUGUUUUGAGAAGAAAUAUGAAUUUAAAGAGGAUGACUUUAUCAGAGUAUGGAAAGGUCUCUUCUAUGCUGUGUGGAUGUCCGACAAACCCUUAGUGCAGGAGGAUCUGUGCGAGAGCAUUGCAGCAACCUUGGACUUAUUUCCACCAGACCAAAUAGAAUAUGCUAUAAUGAUGAUCAAAGCUGGCUUCAAGGUCCUUGCCACAGAGUGGUAUGGAAUUGAUCAGCAUAGAAUGGAUAAAUUUCUUAUGCUAGUCCGGCGUUACCUUCGCGGCAGUUUCCGCUGUCUGCAGCGGUGUCAAUGGAAGCUCACAAGCUGCCAGGCCUUUGCCGACAUGCUGUGCUCUAGUGACGGUAUCCUAGCGUUAAAGACGCCAUUGUACGCGAGGAACGCAGCCUCCUUGAUGUUGCAUGUCACAGAUUGCUACUUGGAAGAAUUAUGUAAGGUGUCCAAAGGUGAGAUCCCAGAGGAGAGUCUAGUGGCUCUGCUAUACCCGAUCAGUGUGCAAGUGUGUGGCGGGGAGGGCACUCUCGCUAUGGCCUGCAGGGGUGUUCUCACUAAUUUGAUCAAACAGAGCGAACUCGGAUUGGAGUAUGAUAUUGCAACGUCUGCUUGGAACAAGUUAGGGUGUCCCGCUGGUGGCCCCGAGGCUUUGGAGCGCGUCUCAGAUGAUGACAGCGAUGACGAUGACGAUGAUGAUGAACAAGCUGACGAAUCUAUGCAAAAUGGCAAGCAAAAUGACGGGCCGGAGCCGCUGGACCCUCGCGCGGGGCGCGUGGACGUGACGCUGGAGCCGCUGCCCGUGCCGGCCAGCAUGAUAGCGGAGCAGCUCAGAGUAUUGAUGGCCACCGCCUCCUCCAAGGCCUACAAGCGAGCCAAGAUAUGCUUGGAACGUUUCGAAGAGCUGAGUCGUAACCAGUACCCGCUGCGGGUGCCGGCGAGCGAGGCGGCGGGGCCGGAGCCGCGGCCGCAGCGCGCCGAGCCCAAGCGCGCCGCCACCAGGCUGCGCGCGCUCGAGAAGUUGCUCGUCAAGCAAUCUGACGAACUGGCCCUAAGAGGUUUAAGCCGAAAACACCGUAAAAGACUUUUGGCAAAAAGUAGAUCCGGAAUUAAUAUUGUGGAUGAAUUACUGUCUUCUGGAAGCGUACCGGCUGAUUCGACGAAUGGCGAUUGGCGCGUUGAGACCACAGCGACAGAAGAUAAAAACAAGCAGAGCGAGUCCAAUAAAGAAAAUAAGGCCGUUGAUAAGAAAAAGAACAGAAAGCGGAAACUUCAAGAAAAAGCCACUCAAGAGCAUAGUAAGAAACCUAAAGUCGACAGAAUUAAUAAAUCAAAACAGUUAGAAACUAAGAAAAAGAAUAAAGUUAAGGAUAAAAAGUUAAUAAGUAACAGUGAUGAGAGCAAACAAAAUCUUAAAACAGAAAAUGGCAAAAAAGAAAAUAAAAACAAAAUUGUAACGAUAAAGAAUAAUAAAAUAUCAAAUAUUGAUAAGGGCAAAGUUAUUAAUAAGCUAUCAGAUGAUAGUAAUAAAGUAAAAGACUCCAUUAGUAAGGAAAAGAAAAAAUCAACACAGGACAAAGUAUUAAGCAUUAAAACAAACAAACCGACAAAUGAUGUCACGAAUAAAUCUAUUCUUAAAAAACAAAAAGAUUUGAAUGCUAAACACGUGAAUAAAAAUUCUAAACCGCAACUUGUAGUCAAUAAAGUGAAAAACUAUCAGAAACUAGUAAGCGGUAAAGUGAAAAAAGACGGUACUCUGAAGAAAAAAGCUGAUAUGGAGUCACCGAAAAAGGUGAAAUUCGUGCUAAAAAAUAACAGCAUGCAAGAAACCGUAGACUACUACAAAAGUGUGAGACAAAGUCCAAAUAUACCUUUUGAUAGCAGUAAACAGCCGACCAAAACAAAUCUGAAACCAUCUACGCCGUCGCCUAUCAAUCCGUUUUUCAAAAAGAAAUUAAAAUUAAAAAAAUUUUAAUGAUCCCCUUUUAUUUAAUUUUGAUGAAAUAUCUGUAGUGAAUUGUAAAAAAGUAGCGAUUUCUGAUACGCGUUUUUAUCACUUUUAUUAUUUAAUAAUAGUCUACAAUGUACAAGUGUAAAUUUAUAACACCCCCGACAAGUGAAGGUUACAGUAACUAGAAAAGAGCUGA